UUAUACACUUUCUACAAAUCAAUCAAAAAAACUCUCUCUUUUUUCUUUCCCCCUUUUUAUAUAUUCUUACAAACAAAAUAAAAGAGAUGGUAAAAUUAGCAAGUGCAAGAGAAAUCAGGAUGUAUGGGCCAAGAUUAACUAGAAAUCGUUCAGAAUACAUGAAUGCUGGGCUUUACUUGUUUGCUACAGUGGUGUUAUUAAUGGGCUUUCUGGCCCAAUUCUCAUGGGAACCUAAAUCUGGGCUUGUCCUUCUUCUUAUUGGGUUUUUUCUUAUUAUAAUUGUUAAUGUCCAUGAUCUUGUGGCCCAUCUUGCUGGCAUUGAUUAUCGGAUGUCGUUAAUGGAGUUUGAUAUUCAGCUUGCUCUUGUUGAGUUUGCUGUUCCUUUUCUUCAGACUUUGGGUUCAAUCUUGUCGUUUUUUGCCAUUUUCUUGCUUUUUAUUCUGGAGGAGAAAGGAAUUGGAUACAAAUUAGAAAAUCAUGCCAUGAAUAUGCUAGUUGCUGGUCCAAUAUUAUGGCUUAUCGGUUCGAUACACAAUUCAUGUCAAAUCUACGAAAGAGCUGAUGGACAUGUACAAAUAUUACAAGAGAGUGUUACUGUUCCCUUUUUAUUGGGAAGCUUAUUGUUUGUUGUAGGUGCAAUUAUCAAUAGCCGUGAGCAAUCGAGAUGGUUUUACCAUGGACUUAUGCUACUCGGUAAAACAUGGGUAUGGUCAGGCGUAUUCGGGAGCUUAUUAUUGUUCAUAGGAGGAUUAAUGAAUGUGGUGAAAGUGUUUAAGAUGCAACAAAUGAAUGGACUACGUCUAGAGAAGCUACGAGGAGGUGCUCAAGAGAGGCUAAUUCGAGUUAGAGAAGGCCAAGUUCCUCUAAUUCCAGAAGAAAAUCAACCUAUUCGUAGAUUACAAUCGGCCGAUCCGAAGAAUCUUAGUACUCCGGCUACUCCUUAUAAGGAUGUUCUUGUUGGUAACACAUGAAGGUAUAAUAUAGGGGAGCAAUGUAAAUGACACUUUCCAUAUUGAUGAAUUAUACUGUCGAUGAUUGUACCGUGGAAUUGCUUCCUGUAACUUGAGUCACCAUACACAUGCUAUUUUAUAAUCUUUGGUUGGUUUUGUACAA